GGCUCUCUGGGAGAGCCCUGAAGUUGGGCCAUCUUCCUUAGGAUUGCAUUACACUAGCCAUCCGAUCCUUGAUACCACUGUGAGUGAUGUCACAAUAAUCCUCGCGUGGACCUUAUGAGCAUACCUCCUGUGACCUGUCUAUGUCCUUGAAUGAGUUUACUCGCCUUGUUUACUCACUGUGGGGUUCCUCCACUUCCCAGCCUUACAUGACUGAUGAAGGGAGGGGGAGAGGAGCCUGGAAGCACAAGACACACCAGUUAUUCAAUGCUAGAACUAACCUUGGCAGUAACUACAUAACAAGAUAACAAACUGGAAAAGUGUAUCUGCAUUGUGUUGAUCAUCAGUUCAUGCUACCACCUGAACAACUGUACAGGAAAAUGAACAGAAACUUUAAACUUUGUACCUGUGCAGGAGGAAUAUUUGUUUGCUAUUUCUACUAUGGUGUGCUACAAGAGAGGAUUACUCGCGGGAUAUACAAGAUUGGAGAUGUGGAAGAGAAGUUUGUUUAUAUACUUCCUAUGGUUGGGUUGCAGUGUUUGGUCAACACUAUUUAUGCAAUGAUAUUGAAUCGGUUCGUGAACCCACCGGCCAAAGAUACGACGACACCAGGAUACCAUGCAGCAGUGUCUCUCACAUACCUGCUAGCUAUGGUUUUUAGCAACAAAGCCCUGCAAUGGGUCAACUACCCAACUCAGGUGGUGGGCAAGUCGUGUAAGCCGAUCCCGGUGAUGCUGAUGGGCGUGCUGCUGAGCCGGCGCCGCUACCCGCUCCGAAAGUACCUGUUCGUGCUGCUCAUUGUCGUCGGCGUGGCCGUGUUCAUGUACAAGGACGACGUCAAGAAGGAGCCGGCCGGCACCGAGGGGCUCGGAGAGGUCCUCCUGCUGCUCUCACUGCUGAUGGACGGACUUACGGGCGCCAUCCAGGACAUGAUGAAGAACGACUUCAAGUGCAGCUCGGGCAGCAUGAUGUACAGCAUGAACCUGUGGGGAACCAUGUGCACCGGCCUAGCUGUGGUGAUGACCGGCGAGCUGCUAGGUUUCCUCAGCUUUGUGCAGCGCCACCCGUCAGUGCUGGGACAGCUGGCCAGCCUCUCGGUAGCCUCCGCUCUAGGACAGUACUUUAUCUUUAUGACGAUCAGCGAGUUCGGCCCGCUGCCGUGCUCCAUCAUCACCACGACGCGGAAGUUUUUCACCGUGCUCGGCUCGGUGUUCCUGCUGGGGAACACGCUCACCAGCCGACAGUGGCUCGGGGCCGUGGCCGUCUUCACAGGUCUCAUCUUGGACAGCGUUUACGGCAAAACGCCGGCACCGAAACCGGUCACAAACGGCAAGGCCAAGACUGAUCUCUAGUGAGGCGCGGGCGCGGUUCAGCGAGCUCGCGCGCUGCUGAAUAGAUAUACCCACAGUCCUAUUUAUUGUUGUCCGUGUUGUCGCGCAAUUUGUGGUCAUUGUAACCUCUGAUGAGGCGGCUGAUACAUCUAAACUUCUGACACGUUGAAGUAUGCUGGGUUUUGAUGCUUUAGUUUUAUUCAUUUAAAUGAAAUUCAAUGUUAUUUGAUCUGACACGAGUUACAUGACAUGCUGCUCUAAAAAUUCACAGCAGAACAAACGUUAGUAAAAGCAUGUCUUCAGAACACUUAUAAAUUAUAACGCACAGUGUGG